AUAAUUGCAACAAUUAUUGCUUCAUUAAGCACUGUCAAUGGAAGCUGCCUUGAACUUCCCUUUCCUCUCAUCACUAUCACAAACCAAGUGUGCACAGUACCAACUGAUUGCAAAGGAUGGCAAAACAUAGGAAUUAAUCAAAAUGGAGUGUAUUACAUACAACCAGACAGUGGAGCAGCUUUUCAAGUGUAUUGUGAUAUGGAGACUGAUGGUGGUGGAUGGACUGUAUUCCAGAGGAGACAAGAUGGAUCUGUUGAUUUCUAUAGGAGCUGGACUGACUAUGAGAAUGGAUUUGGUGACCUUUCUGGAGAAUUUUGGUUAGGAUUGAGCAAGAUUCAUCGUCUUACUAGUAAAGGAAUAAACACCUUGCAAAUAAAAAUUGGUGAUUUUGAGGGCAAUUCAUAUUAUGCCCAAUACUCUACAUUUAGUAUUGGCGAUGCUAGCACUGAAUAUAGGUUAAAUGUAAGUGGCUAUAACUCUACUGGAACUGCUGGGGAUAGUUUACUAUAUCAUAAUAGAAGUAGUUUCGGUACUAAAGAUAAUGUUAAUGAUGAGAAGAAUUGUCCGAUACAUUGGAAUGGGGGCUGGUGGUUCAGUAAACAAAUUCAUUGCUUUUUAUCUCAUCUCAAUGGUCGAUAUGAACAUCAACCAGACACAUUUCCUGAUUGGAGUGGGGUUAUUUGGAAUAGCUGGAAAAGUGGUUAUACUCUUAAGAAUGCAGAAAUGAAAAUUCGCUGAAAACUUUUCUUGUAUCAGUAUUGUGUAUGUGCUGCUAAGACUAUUUGCUAUUUCUUUUUUGCUGUUAUAAAUUUUUUAAUUGUAAAAAAUCCAAUUUUGAUUAGA